CCGUCCGUCUGUCUUUCCAUCUGUCGCGAAGGGGGGUAGGGACGGGAAGACAGGGUUGGGGGGCCAGCGGCCGUGCCCCUUUCUCUGUCUGUUCCCGCCCCCAGCAAACACCUGGCGCGGGCUCAGGGCUCGGGUUCCUCCUGGCGGGGCGGCUGUUGCCAGGCUCUGGGCCGUUGCCGUGGAGACGCGGGUGAAGGUCCCUCCAUGGUGACGGUCGCCAUGGGAACGGCGCGGCUGCUUUCCUGCCGCGCCGACACCGCAGACACUGCUCUGGCGCCCCCUGGCGGCCACGUACAGAGCGGUAGAGGGCGCAGGAGGGUGGUGGGGCGCCUCCAAUGCCUGCUCCUCCGCCUCCCCCAUCGCGGCUUUUUCCUUCCCCUACAGCGCGAGCGUUUAAAAAACAUCGAACGCAUCUGCUGCCUCCUGAGGAAGCUGGUGGUCCCAGAAUACUCCAUCCACGGCCUCUUCUGUCUGAUGUUUCUGUGUGCAGCAGAGUGGGUGACCCUGGGCCUCAACAUCCCCCUUCUCUUCUACCACCUCUGGAGGUACUUCCACCGCCCUGCGGAUGGCUCUGAGGUCAUGUAUGAUGCGGUCUCCAUCAUGAAUGCUGACAUCCUCAACUACUGCCAGAAGGAGUCCUGGUGCAAACUCGCCUUCUACCUGCUCUCCUUCUUCUAUUACCUGUACAGUAUGGUUUAUACGUUGGUGAGUUUCUAAGGGGGAAGCCGGCCAGGGAGCGAGCCCAGAACGGACCGGACGCCUGUGCACCCCCAGCCCUGCCCCUCGGCCACAGAGGCCUCAGCCCUGGGGAGGGAGGGGGCACUGGUGCCCCCAGCCUCCUCUCCACCCCCCAAACUGCUGCUGCGGGGACCUCCCGCCUUCAGAGCCCCCUCCCCUUGGACUAGGGCUGGGCAGAGCUCUAAAUAGGGGCAGGGGCUCCUCUGCCAGCCUCUGGGCAUGGCAGUCAGUCCUGGAAGGGGUGGGACCUCUGGCCUUGUCCACUUCGGGGGCAAUUUGGGCCCUGCCAAGGGGCAGGGCUUGACCCUGGAAGUUCUGGGCCGCCCCUCUCCACCCCCACCCUGAGGCUCCCCCUGCAGGUGGGGGGGUACCCGCACCCGGAAUGAGCAGGCUCAGCAGGGGGGCCCAGACUAGACCCCCACCCCUAGUCUGCCCUCUCCCCUCCCCCAGGCUCUUUCUCCAGACCCCCUCCUGUCCCCACUUGCCCCAAGCCAAGCCUACCCUGUCUCUUGGACCUAUUUUCUAUGUCGCCUGGAGGAGUCCGGCACCCCCUCCCCGGCCAUUUGUGACAAAAUAUGAAUAAACGACUGCAAACAUGUG